GAAUUUGUAAAUACGAAAUUGACUUGGGAAAACGUGAAGAUUUUCAAUAUUCAUCUUGUGGUUCGAAUGUGAUCAGAUUUGUACGUAAAUCGCUUGGCCUUGGCCCCCAUGUUUCUCUUUGCUCAGCACAAUGGCGCAAAAAAUGGCGCCGCAACCAUUAAAAUCCAACAAAUAUUCUCCUGCUCUGAAUUCAACUUCCGUUGUGGCUUUGUUGAUGGAGAUCAAAUUCAUUGACUGAUAACGCUAAAGAUUUUCUCCCUAUCUUUUCACUGUUUCGCUCGUAGUUUGUGCAGAAACGAACUUAACUAUACUCAUGGAGGACAAAUGUGCAAUCAAGACUGAUGCCACUGAACUAAUAGGCAAUACCCCUAUGGUCUAUCUCAAUAAAAUUGUAGACAACUGCUUUGCCAAGAUUGCAGCCAAACUAGAGUCAAUGGAGCCUUGUUCGAGUGUCAAAGACCGGAUCGGACUCAGUAUGAUACAAGACGCGGAGGAUAAGGGUCUGAUAACACCAGGGAAGACUGUUCUCAUUGAGGUCACAGCUGGAAACACCGGCAUUGGACUGGCAUGGGUUGCAGCAAUCAAGGGCUACAAACUUAUUCUCAUAAUGCCAGCUUUCUUCAGUGUGGAGAGAAGAAUUCUGGCACUUGCUUUUGGAGCGGAGUUACGUAUCCCCGACCCGGAAAUGAGUGGUGAAGCAAUUCUAAAGAUGGCUGACGAUCUUGAAAAAUCCACACCCAAUGGAUAUUUUCUGAGGCAAUUUGACAACCCUGCCAAUACAAAGAUUCACUAUGAAACAACUGGGGUGGAGAUAUGGAAAGAUUCAGGUGGAAAAGUUGAUGCGCUGGUCGCUGGGAUUGGGACUGGGGGGACAAUAACUGGUGCAGGGAAGUUUCUUAAGGAGCAGAACCCAAAAAUAAAGGUAUAUGGAGUAGAACCAGUUGAAAGUGCAGUGUUGAGUGGAGGACAACCCGGCCGCCAUCUCAUACAAGGGAUUGGUGCUGGUAUCAUCCCUUCGAUUCUGGACGUCGAAUUGCUCGACGAGGUUAUUCAAAUAUCGAGUGAGGAAGCAAUUGAAACUGCAAAGCUACUUGCUUUAAAAGAAGGCCUUCUGGUGGGCAUUUCGUCCGGUGCUGCAGCAGCUGCUGCGAUCAAGGUUGCGAAACGACCCGAAAAUGAAGGAAAACUUAUUGCUGUGAUCUUUCCGAGCUUCGGCGAGCGAUAUCUAUCGACUUCGCUCUUCGAUUCAGCCAGGCAAGAGGCAGAAAACAUGGCGUACAGUUGAAGUGACAAACAAAUCAGGAAACUGUUUAUUUAUUUGCUAUCUAGACUUGAGAGUAGAAUAAGUUGAGAAUGUAAGCUUACUGUUUGGAGAUGAGUCACUAGUGGAAAAUGUAAAUUACAUAUAAAUAAUAAAAACAUGUUAUGUACAUUUUACAUGGUGAAUUUUUGGGAGAUUCUCGAAGAACAAAAUGUUAUUCAAUGUUAUUAAGAAGCCUGAGUCCAAAA